AUUUUAUUUUUUGAAGUUACCAUAGCAAUGGCUAAAAGUGAAAACAAAAAUCGUUACAAGAAUUUAUUUUCAUUUUUUUUCUAAUCCAAUUAGUGUGAAUUUGCUUUCGAAAAACAAAACUACAUAACAGCCAGUAGUAAAAAUACCAAAAAUACCAUCACUUUAUUAAAAUAUACCUCUAAAAAUGGCUACAAAUCGUUCAAAAUAUAUAUCAAUUUAUAAAAUUGAUGGAAUACCAAUUUUACCGCCUUUAAUGACACCAGAAAAACGCCGGCAAAUGUUAGCCUUCAAAGAAUUAGCAAUUCAAUUGGAAAAUGCUAGAAAAAAACAACACAAUUUUGUUGUUAACAAACAAUCAACUAUAACAACAACAACAACUGGCUUAGACCAAUCAUCUUCAUGUAAUCUUCUUCGUCAUGGUCAUAGUCAUAUCCCUCAACCAAGCCAAACACCAAGAAAACAACAAAAACAAAACAAUUCCAAUGAAGCUAGUACAUCAACUGCUUCCACAUCCAAACGAGAACGUUUGGACAAGCUCCGUAAAACUGACACUCUUGUUUAUGACAAUCGUGCAAAUUCCAUCAUACUGACACUCGAAGGAUUCGAAGAUGAUGCCGACUUUCAGUCGAUGGUUCUCGAAAGACCCCCAAAACUUGACCAAAAUGAAAAUAAGAUCUCCCCUGACGUGCCUAAGUCGUUGUCACCAACCAAAGACGAAUCCACAUCUCCCCAGAAUCCCAUUAAACCCCAACCAUAUGCCGCCUUUAUCCCAAUUCCUUCGAUUUGCGUUAAUCCACCAACACCAAGUGUCCAAAAUAAUCCCAUUUGCUCGACUACAACAUCCAAACGUCUCUGCGGGAGUCCAACUCUCAAAGCAGACAUUGAAUCGAAUCUAAUUCGUUCGAAUUCAUUCACUUUAGAUGGUCCGAGUAGUGCGCUCUUGGAACACAUUAAGAAUCAAAAACUAAAAAAAUCCACUGCCACUCAGGACACAGUUGAAUCGAAAGCCAAACGUGUUCAGAAAGUUGAAGCCACCAAACCGAAAGCUAAAUCUCCUUCUUCGCCGAGUCUUAAUCAUUUCACAAAUAAUACCAUCAUUUUUAGAGCCAAACGUAGUCCAUAUGAAAUGAAGCCAUCUUCGAAAACGAAGUUGGGAAGGAAACAUAAAAUUGUUAAACCAAUUACAACACCAAAGAAACCUAAUUCAAAUAGUUCUGAUAUAUCAACUAUAUCAACAAUGACUCCACCACAAUCUACAUCGAAUUUGGAUCUAUUGAAAGAUAUUGAAGAACAACAUCGAGCAAGAUUUAUAGAAUUGGUACGUCAACAACAAAUCGAACAGAAACGUCUACAAAAAGAAUUUGAAACACAACAGAAAUUAUUGUUGGAACAACUAUCAGCAAGAGUUGCGAAAGUUCAGAUACAUGCAGGAGGGACGACAACGACGACGACUGGAUCACCACCAUCACCAACAAUUGUUAUUGAUUCCGCCCAUAGUUCACCAACAUCAGUAUCACCUGAACAAGAGUCUUCUUCAUGUUCGGCACGUGUUACUCCACGACGACGGUUAUUUUUAGAGAAUAUUAAAGAUGCAUCUGCGGCAAUAGUUAGAGAUCCAUCACCAUCACCGCAGAGUACUGGCCGUCGUCUUGUAAGAGAGGAGAACCAAAGGAAACGAAUUCAUAUUGCUGCAACUGUAAUCAAUGCACAUGCUAGAGGUUAUCUUACACGUCGGCUAUUUAGGACAGAUUAUAUACAGCGAAUUGUGCAAACAAUCAAGGAUACAUUAAUUUUUGUUAUUAAUUUGCAUCUUGAAACAAGCGGCUGCGAUGAUUCGGAGAGUAGUUUGAAAUUGAAAGCUAGGUUGCUUAAACAGUUGACUUCCGCAUGUAGAACAUUGCAUUCGGUGUUCUUCGAGACAAGUACAAAAGAUCGCAUGGAAAUAAUUUCUAGGGAUCGAAAAUUCAUCCAAGCAAAGUUAUUAAACAUAAAAAGCAGAUCUCAAAAAAUUGUUAGAUAAACCGUUACGGAAUGUAGAAAUGAAAUUGAAGAUUACAAUACCAGUAUUUGCCUUUUUUUUUUAGAUAUAAGAACAAAGUUGAAAAUUUUAAAUUGAGAUACAAAUAUUUUUGAGAUUAUUGGAACACAUAAAGAUUUUUGUAUUUAAAAUUUAUUUAUGUAGAACAAAUUGGAUCUUUUCUAUCUACAUGACACAUUU